AUAGCAGCCAUCUUGUGUGUCAGUGCCUUUCGCUGGUGUCCUGCAGGUCUCCCUUUAGAAACCACGUGGUGGCCAGGUCUGCCCUCUUCUGCGAGGAUCUAGGGGAGGGUCAGUUUCAGAUAGAAGGAUCCUAAUAGCCAAACUGGUUUUGCAGAAACGUUUUGUGAUAAGUGCAGCAAGAUAAUGUAAGCUACAACACAUACUACUUCAUCCCAGCUAGCUGAAAUUUGCUGCACAACACGUAGGGCCCCGGUGAGAAGGUGUGGAAGACACGAUGUGUGCAGCAUCUAUGAGACCAGGAAAUUUAGUGUGCUUUUGGCAAAGAGAAUGUACUCAAAACAGUUCAUGCUUUUUCCCUGAAUCUUGUUAAGCCUUUAGAAAGUCAAAAUUGCCCGUAUUGGCCACUGCAGGUUCUCAGGGAAUGGCGCCAUGAUUUAAAGCGGGUGGGAGGAAAGAGAAAGGUGAGGUCAGGAAAGCCAAUUUGACCGCCAGAGUCAUGGCGGCCCUCUCCCCUGCGGACCAGCAGGGGGCGCGCCGGGCCGCUUGCGACUGCUCUCUGGGCGCAUGACUUCCGUCCAGCCUUUUCACUUUACGGCUCGUCGCCUGCGGCGGCAGCGGUUACCAAGGGGACGGGCUUUGGUGGCAACCGUAACUAGGGAGUCCGUAGAAGAGAAAGCGGCAGUAGUUAGAAACGGGAGGCGGCCGAGGGGUCCAGGCGGCGGGACGACCCUGACCUUUAAGAACCUGGGUGGGCACGCUCUGAACCAGAGGUGGUGUUACACAUUUCAUCGAUAGGUUAGCGCACCAAAGAAUCAACGUGGGAAACAGAGGGCCCUGCUGAUUUUAUGGUCAAAUUUCUCUAGAGGAAACUCAACAAAGAAGAAUGUCAGAUGCAGAAGAAAGCCCACGAGAAGAAACAGAAAACGAUGGAGAAGCAGAAAUGGAAGAAGAAGAAAAUCCAAAUUAUUCUGAAGAGGUAGAAAAUAUGCAACAGGAAUCAAAAGACGAUGACACAGUGGCAGGGAGAGACUCUCAGGGGGAGUCAGAGGAGGCGGGGAAGACAGAGGAGGAGGAGGAGGAGGAGGCUGUCAGAGAAGGAACAGAGGAAAAGGCUGGAGCAGCACAGGAGGAGGUGUCUGCAGGAGGGCAAGAAGAAACCACAGUGAAACUCCAAGAAAUCGCCAAACCCGUGAUCAGUUUGGAGAAGCUUUUACCGACUGAGUCCCAGUCAGCCAUGUCAGAAACUUUCCCAAAAACCCAUGGUGGUGGCGAAUCAAAGCAUUCAUUACCUUCAGAGCAGCCCAUAAGCCCCAGCUCACAAUUAGAGUUUCUUGACUUGGCUCUACCCAGUUCUGAGGAACAGCAGAUGAGUUCCCCCGAAUGGCAGUCCUCAGAUGAGCUUGGGGAGAAUGCCGACCAGUUGCCCCAAGAUGAACUGGGACAAGAAAGCAGAGACUUGGCACCAGAAAAGGGGGAAAGGAGGCAAGGAAAAAGAGUAUCCUACUUAAUCGAGGAAAAAGAAGUCCAGCCCGCAGCUGGCAUCUCAAAGGACUCACUGGUGUCUACCACCGCUGAGGACAUUUUGUUUCAAAAGGAUGACAGUGACAGCGUGUACCCCUUGACCAUGACUUGGUCAUUUGGAUGGAACAGUUCUCUUCCUGUUUUCUACGUUCGAGACGCAACCCAGAGAGUUCUUCUGUACGCCAGUGCCCAUACUGCGGUCAUCUACAACGUUUCCAAGAAUAAUCAGCGCCACCUUCAGGGCCAUCCUAACGUCAUCUCCUGUUUCUGCAUCAGCGAAGACAGGCGGUGGAUCGCCACGGCUGACAAAGGGCCCAACUGCCUGAUAAUUAUAUGGGACUCCUUCACAAGUAUUCCUGUACACACGCUAUUUGACAGCUGUCCGGAAGGGAACGGCAUCAGGGCCAUGGCCAUCUCGCAGGAUGCCAAGUAUCUGGCAACCAUCUCCGACGCUGAAAUCCAGAAAGUGUGCAUCUGGAGGUGGACCUUGGCAGUGGAAACACCGGCGUGUACUCUGGACCUUCCCAAAGAGUAUGGUUUUCAGAACUGCCUUACUUUUAAUCCAACAAAUAAUAAAGAAUUGGUGAGCAAUAGUAAAACACAGGCAAUAUAUUAUUUGUGGCAUGAAGAGGGAGAUAUCCUCAUUCACAGUGCCCCACUUUUAACAGAAAAAACGUUCAACAAGCACGUGGGAAAGUUUAGCCAGUCCAUCUUCCAUUUGAAUUUAACCCAAAUUCUCUCCGCAACGAUGGAAGGGAAGCUGGUCGUCUGGGACAUCGACCGCCCGCCACCACUCGUAGACGGCCCACCAGCCAUCGCUCCCACCUCUUCGGGCCUUCCCUGCAUCAAACCCUGUAAACUGGUUCAUUUGCAGAAAGAGAGCAUCACUGUGCUUACUACAGUUGAUAGCUGUAUUGUCACAGGUGAUGCUAAGGGUCACAUUAAGUUCUAUGAUCACACCCUGUCCAUUGUCCACUGGUACAGCCACUUCGAACUCAGCUCCAUCAAAUCUCUGUCCUUUUCAAAGACCCCAGCCACCCCUCCAACUGAAAAAUCAAACUACCCUCCAGACUGCACUUUAAAAGGUGACCCUUUCGUGAUAAGGAAUUUUAUCAUUGGAACAUCUGAUGCAACAGUGUACCACUUAACGGCCGAUGGGACCAAACUUGAGAAGUUACUUGUAGAGCCCCAGGAUGCUAUAUGUGCCAUCUCCUGCCACCCGUAUCAACCCCUCAUUGCCAUUGGGAGUUUCUGUGGGAUGAUCAAAGUGUGGGAUUACGAAAGGAAAAAAUACCUUUUCAGCAGGAUCUUUGAGAAGGGGUUUGGCGUGCAGAGUCUGACCUACAACCCGGAAGGAGCCCUUCUUGGAGCCGGCUUCACAGAGGGGACAGUUUACAUUCUUGAUGCAAUGUCCUUAGAAAACGAAACCCCAGAGCCUUUCAAAUAUUCCAGAUCCAACGUCACUCAUAUAAGCUUCUCCCACGACUCGCAGUAUAUGGCAACCGCUGAUGUGAAUUUUACUGUGGCCGUUUACAGGGUCAGGGUCAAAAGUGGACAAAGGGUCUGGGAAUAUUUGGCAAGACUCCGUUCUCAUCGCAAAAGCAUUCGAAGCCUCCUGUUUGGGGUUCAUCUGGAGAGCAGUGAGCCCAGGCUGCUGAGCCUCGGAAGAGACAGACUCUUGAUUGAGUAUAAUCUUCUCAGAAGCAACAGAGACCACCUGGAAGUCCUGGACAUUCACCGGACCGACCAGGACAGCCACCCCACCUGUAUGAUUUGGUACCCCCCGCUUGUCAAGGAACGCUUCCUGCUCAUUUCCAACAGCGGCUACAAAGUGAAACUUUUCAAUUCGACCACAAAAAUGUGCAGAAAGACUCUUCUGGGGCCGGUCUAUGGUUCCCCCAUUGAGCAGAUACAAAUCCUCCCAGUGAAAACGACCAUUGAGCUGCAGAAACGCUACCUGGUGUUUAUUAAUACAGACAAGGUUGGACUUCAGAUCUUACCAAUUGAUGGCAAUCCCCAUAAGACAUCUGCUAUUAUAUGCCACCCAAACGGGGUGGCUGGACUGGCCCUUUCCUAUGACGGCCGCUAUGCCUUCACAGCAGGAGGACUGGACCGAUCGGUGUUACAGUGGGAAAUCAACUUAAGCGCCCUGGAGGCAGCGGUUUCUCUCGGGGGCGAAGACUUGACCCCAUUCUAUGGUCUGGUGUCUGGUGGCAGGGAAGGAAAAUUCUACAGGGAGCUGGAAGACUAUUUUUACUAUUCUCAGCUCCGUAGUCAAGGAAUCGACACAAUGGAGACCAGAAAAGUGUCAGAACACAUUUGCCUGUCGGAACUCCCUUUUGUCAUGAGAGCAAUUGGCUUUUACCCAUCGGAGGAGAAGAUUGAAGAUAUGUUCAACGAAAUCAGAUUUAGUGAGUACGUGGACACUGGAGAGAUAAUUGACAAAAUCAACUUACCAGAUUUCCUCAAAAUUUACCUUAACCACCGGCCACCUUUUGGGAAUACCAUGCAUAACAUCCAGAAGAGCUUCGACAUCCUUGGCUAUACCAAUUCAAAAGGGAAGAAAGCUAUUCAAAGAGAAGAUUUCCUGAAACUGCUUCUAACCAAAGGUGAGCACAUGACUGAGGAGGAGAUGUCUGACUGCUUUGCUUCGCUGCUGGGACUAAAUCCCGAGGGCUGGAAAUCCGAGCCUGCAGCCUCCUCUGUCAAAGGCUCAGAAGUGUGCUAUGAAGAAGAACUUCCAGACGAAAUCACUGCAGAAAUAUUCGCGACGGAAAUUCUUGGCUUAACCAUCUCACCCCACGUCAGACAAGAUCCUACGAGCACUCGCAUCCCGGGGUUGUCGCCUGCAACUCCGCGAAGUCAAGAGCCCCGCAGGAAAACUUGCAUUACUGCACCCGCUGCCGUAAACCCGGAGCGACGGACCGGCCGCCGGACUGGCUCCCAAGGAACGCGCUCCCUCCGCGGCCGGCCCGCCCUCCCCGGGGGACCCCGCGGCACCUGCGGCCUCCGGGUGAGUGUCCGUGCGCUCGCCCGCCCGCCCGCUGCCCCCUCCGCGUGCCGGGUCCCGGUCGCCGGGCGUCCCUCGGCGCGUCCCCGGGGCGGGUGGGAGGCUCGCGGCGCAGCCAGGCGGCGCCCGGAGGCCGCACUGCUGGCGGCUGCGGCGGCGCUGCUCCCCCUGCUCCGUGCAGCUGCCGCCCGGCGCUUGCGCACUGGGCCCGGGCGCGCGGCGGCCCCGGCUUUGUGUGUGUGUGUGUGUGUGUGAGUGUGUGUGUGAGAGUGUGUAUGUGUGUGUAUGUGUGUGUGUAUG